AACUAAUUUGUGCUAAGUCAUUACUGAAAAGUGAAAAUUAAAUUAAACAAGAUGGCAAAAGCGAAUCAAAAUACAUCAAAAACGAAAAUUCAAAAGAAAAAAGAACCAAAUUUUUUAAUUAAAGUUUAUUUAUUAUUAUACAACGGUUUACAAACUUUAGGAUGGACAUAUUUAUUAUUUCAAACAUUCAGCUUCUAUUUAUUUGGAUCCGCUACGAAUCAAACAUUAUAUGAAACGAUUAAAUUCACGUUAAUUAUCUUCCAAAAUGCUGCUGUUUUGGAAAUAUUACAUGCAGCGACUGGAAUUGUUGCAUCGAAUCCAAUAAUUACAUUACAACAGGUGUUUUCGCGGGUGAUGUUAGUUUGUGGGGUGUUAAUGGCAACGCCCGAUGCAAAAGCGUGUUUUGGACUACAUUUAUGUUUGUUCGCGUGGUCCGUCACUGAAAUUAUUCGUUAUGGUUAUUAUGCGUUAAAUAUUUUGAAUUUAGUUCCACAAAUUUUGAUUUGGUUAAGAUAUACAACAUUCAUAGUUUUGUAUCCAAUUGGAGUGACUGGUGAACUUUGGUGUUUGUAUAGUGCCCAGAAUUAUGUGGCCCAACACAACAUGUGGUCUUACAGUUUACCAAACUUGUUAAAUUUCACCUUCAGCUACCAAUAUUUAUUAAUAGGAAUCAUGUUAUUAUAUAUUCCAUUGUUUCCUCAACUUUACAUGCACAUGUUCACACAACGGAGGAAGAUUCUUGGAAGCGGAAGUGCUGCUGCCGUUGAAAAACAAAAGACCAAAUAAUUUUAUUUUGUAUUGAUUUAUAU